AUUCCUUUCUUGAGUCGCAUUUAUUAAAACUGUCUAAAUAAAAUUAAACAAUAAAUAAUAGUAAUAAAAAAAAAAAAAGAAAUAAAUCAACGAAAGAAGAAAAGGAGAAGAUAGCUUUGUAAUUGAGCGCCUGCGUGCGUUAUUGAUCGACUAGUCCUUUAAUAAAAGCUAUUUGCGUCAUAGAAGAUCCGACUCCCAUUGAUCAGACCCUGGGAGUUGUCACCUCAACAGUUACUAGUCACCAGUUGCUGGCGAACUUUCAUUUGAUAACACAAUGCUACUGAUAACAAGCCCAAGGAAAGGAAAAAGCGCUUCUAUGGGGUGCUUUUUUCUGCUCCUUGGAAUGGCAUCUGGUUAUGUAAUCAAUCCGUAUGUCGAUUCUGAGCUCCUGCCGGAGAAUGUCGUCGAUGAAUUACUGGACCUGAUAACUGAUAAAGGAAGAAAGAUCAGUCACCAGAACCAGCAGUUGUAUCCUGUCGAAAAUUCCAUCUGGCGAACUCCGAAAGAUCUGGGACAAAUCACUGGAGUUGGAGUUGAUCCUGCGGGUAAUCCUGUAAUUUUUCACCGUGCAGACAGAACUUGGGAUUAUAGGAGCUUCGACGAUACGUUUAAAUUCCGCGAAAUAUUCAGAGGACCUAUAAAUCAAGACACUGUCCUCACUUUGAACCCUCAAAACGGCGCGGUGGAGAGUUCAUGGGGCUCGAAUAUGUUCUAUUUACCCCAUGGACUCCACAUCGAUGCUCGCGGUAAUGUGUGGUUAACUGACGUUGCACUGCAUCAAGUAUUCAAAUUCACUCCCGGCUCAACAAAUCCCGAUUUAAUCUUAGGCGAAGCAUUAACCCCCGGCUCAGACAAUGAUCAUUUUUGCCAACCAACAUCUGUCGCUGUUGCUAGUACCGGAGAAAUUGUAGUGGCUGAUGGCUACUGUAAUAAUAGAAUUAUUGUUCUUGACCCAUUUGGAAAUAUUAUUAACAUCAUACCGCAACCUGGAGAAUUUGUAGCUCUACGAGUACCACAUGCCUUAACAAUCCUCGAGCAGGGUGACGUCUGCGCAGCAGAUCGUGAGAACAUGAGAGUAAUUUGUAUGUCACUCCGCGAAGGUUUUCCACCAGAUAACGAGCAAGAUAAGCGCGGACCACCCUUAACGCUUCAUGCACCUGAUCUCGGCAGAGUUUUUGCCGUCGCUUCUUAUGGUAACACUCUUUAUGCAGUAAAUGGACCUACUUCGCCUAUGAUUCCGGUCAGAGGGUUUAUUAUGGAUCCUAACAGUGAAACCGUUUUUGGACAUUGGGCCCCUACAUCAGGGAUGUUCACACAACCUCACGCAAUGGCAAUUUCACCAAACGCUACAGAACUUUACGUAACCGAAAUAGGACCGAACCGCAUUUGGAAAUUUGACCUCGUUAAAAAUUCAUUACACCAGGAGACGCCUCUAGAAUAAUUAAAAUAUUAAUAAAAACAAUAUAAUUUAAAGAAAAUACAACAAUUAAAUAUUUUGGAUCAUAAUUUUUGAUUUUUCUCGAUUGAUAUUACGCAUUUACAUCUCACUGAACUCAGGAAAAUAUUAUUAAAUUAUUAUUAUAUAUAAAUAUACUUAAAAAUUACGUCUAAUUAUAAUAAAAAAAAAAAACAGGUGCUAAAACUAAUAUAUUUGAUUAAAAUUACUAUGAAUUAUAAAAAAAAAAAAAUUACUAGCAUUAUUAUAAUUAUUAUUUUUUUUUUUUAAUUGUAAUGAGUGAAAGUAUGAACUCUGGGGUUAAUUAUAUAUAUUUGAGCAUGUUAUGUGAUAUAAGUAUAGAAAAUUAAAAAUCUUUAAUUAACAUAAGAAAGUAUAAUAAUUAUAAAAAUAACUAUAAUAAUAAUAAUAUUAAUAACUAUAAUUGUAAUUUUUGCGGGCGCUUAGCGAAGAAGAAAUAUCGCAAGAGUUUUGAACACAAAAUGGCUGCCAUUUUGUGAUCACCACUCUUGUAGCUUACUUUAUCACGCUAAGUGUCUGUUUAUUUUUAUUAAAAUAUUAUUUUUAAAUUAAAAUGGUGCUUCAAUAAUAAUUAAAGUAACAGAUUAAAAUUAACAAUAAUUAAAAAAUUAUUAAAUGGAAAAUUAAAAAAUUAACAGAGGUCGCUGUUUAAAAACUUGAUGCAGAAUACGUCGGAAAAAAAUAACAGAACAUAUCAAGUAAUUAAAGUCCAAUGAAAAAUUGAGUACGUACUGUGUCAGUUAAAUCUGACGCGGUCGUGAAGCCGAUAAAAAAAAAUAACAAUGAAAAAAAAACCAAAAAAAAAAAUUUUUAGUUAUCAAAAAAAUUUCUUUUGAUUUUUAAAAUAGAAGUGGUUUUUUUUUUAAUUAAAAAAAAAAUUUUUCUUAAAAAAAAUUAGGGAAAAGCUGCUUAAUUGGGUGGAAAAUUA